AUGGCUGGCUACUUCUCUAACCACUCCCAGUCCCGCUUCCUCGCCAACUCCACUCCGAACGCGGCCACCACGACCACGACAACAACGACGGCGCAGAACCCCCCGCCCGUCACUCCGCCCGUGCAGCCCCGCUCACGCGUUACGUCCUCCAAGCACUUUUCCACCUUUGUGUCCAACGCUCCUGGGGACGAGAAGGCCCAGGGGAAGGACAAGGCCGCUGGAAACGGCGCUGCUAACGGCUCUCUGUCCGUGCACCCCCUCCGAAAUACUAGCUGGGUCUUCUGGUUCCGCCAGCAGCGCGCGCCAGGGAACAAAAUCACGAACUAUGAGGAGGGCAUCAAGAAAAUCUCCGCCUUCAGUUCCGUGGAAUCCUUCUGGUCUCUCUGGACGCAUGUCCACCAACCAUCCUCGCUUCUGCCCACCACGGAUUACCUCCUCUUCCAUUCCGGUAUCCGACGGCCGGUUUGGGAGGACCCCCUGAACCUGUCAGGGGGUAAAUGGAUCAUCCGCCUCCGGAAGGGCGUCGCGGACCGCCUCUGGGAGGACCUUGUGCUCGCUGUCAUCGGUGACCAGUUUGACGGCGUGGACGACGGCGAGGGCUCUCAACCAGACGCCGCGGCCUUGGAGGGCGUCCCGCCAGGCGAGUGGCCCGAGAUCUGCGGGUGCACGAUCAGUGUGCGCCAGAACGAGGACAUCAUCUCGCUGUGGAACCGCAGCGACGGCAAUCCCAAGUCGAAGGAGAAGAUCAAGGAGACGAUUCGGAGAGUGCUGAACCUCCCACCGGCGACCAUCAUGGAGUACAAAUCCAACAACGACUCGAUGCAGGACAAGUCCAGCUUCCGUGUCAACCAGACUGACCGUACGCCGCUGUCAUGA